UGCUUCUUCAUCUUCGUCCCCUGCCCCUUGGCGAAAGCUGAAUUGUCAUUCAUCAUUCCACGAGGACCAGCUGUUCUUGGUCUAGAUUGCAUGCCCAUUCGAAGUCUAAUAGGGGUUAUGUUCCAGAAAUCAAAAAAUCUCGCACCGGCAAAAGGAGAUCCUGAGCGUGUUGGCGACAACUCGCUACUAACACCACGAACAGCUCGAAUGUUUCGACAAUAGGGGGAUCGCCAUAGCGAAAUCAGAUGUUUUUGACUUCUGGAUCCGCAUCGCCAUCGAUUUGGGGAAGAAGGGAGGUGGAUUUAGCUUACCCAGCUUCCGGCUUCGACGAAUGCAGUAGCAGCAAGCCCAGAUCUGGUGCUGCUGCUGCAGUUACAGCAGCAUCGUCCUUGUCUCCCAUUCUCCGUCUCUUGCUUUUGAUGCUCGUACAUGCUUUCCGGAGCCUCAACGUCGACGAGAGCAAGUUUUAGGACUACCUCCGACUACCAGUACAGACUUUAUCCAUCGGCGACACCCCCCAUAUCAAUGGAGGAACCCAAAUACCUCGCACUUGCGAGGAACCCCCCAUAUCGGCGACCUCGCUUCUUGCGAACCCAAAUCCGCCGCCUUGAUUUACUAGCGAUAGAACCUAGAAACCAAAAAAAUCAACCCUCCUACGGCCUGGAUUCGUCGAGCUUUGCCGAUGAUUCAUUGUGGGCAUCUGCAUCUCACAUCAUGCUCGCUCGUGGAUGAGGAGGAGAGUCCAUUCGGUGAAGAAAUCGGAGAUGAUUGU